AUGUCUCAGGAAAAUAUUCCGUCCGAGGAUUCGGGAGAUACUCCCCCCACUUGGUUGGCGGCCAAUUGGUUUGUGGAGCGCAGAGGCGAGCAAGUUCGGAAGUUGGAAGAGGUAGCCGCACUGGUCAAGCAGCAGACCACAGGCGCCACGGACGACGUGUCAGGAGACUUGUUGAACGAUUUUUCUGAAGCACUGAAGGGUAUCGAGGUAGUAGUGCGGAAGUUUGGGGAUCUUAACAGACGGUAUCGGCCAGCCGACGACGAUGAGAUCCGGUCUCUGAGUGAGCGCCUCGACUCCAUCAUAUCAAUGUUUUCGCUGAGAACUGUUGUCGAAAACAGUCGGCGGUUGGAUAUUGACGACCAACAACUGAAUGAACACAAUUCACAACUGGUUGAUCACAAUUCACGACUGGAUGAUCGUAGUUCACGAUUGGUUGAUCAUGCUUCACGACUGGAGGAUCACAAUUCCCAAUUCGAUCAUCAAGAUUCGCGUCUGGUCCUACUCGAAAGAUGGCGGGACGGGUCCGUUUCAUUUCAGCUACCUGCUGACAUACCGCUCAUGGAAAUGCCGCCCAAGCCCGCUGUGUUUUAUGGCCGUGAUGAACUGGUCGAAUCGAUCGUCGAGCGGCUCUGUAGCAACGACAACUGUCACAUACCUGUGCUCGGUCCAGGCGGCAUCGGGAAGACCACUCUAGCUGCGGCUGUUAUAAACGACGAACGAAUCGCAGCCAAGUUCGGCGCUAACCGGUUUUUCGUCAACUGUGAAAAGGUGACCAACUGCGACGAACUCGCAGGCAAGAUUGCGCCCGGUUUGCAUCUCCACCCCAACACCAACCCUCGCCAAGCUGUGUCAGCCCAUCUAGCGUCUUUCAAAUGUGCCUUCCUUGUUCUGGACAACGCUGAGACACUACUAGACUCGGAGGACCGAGACGCUGUGGAGAAUUGGCCCGGGACGGUCGCCCAGAAUUCGCACGUUUCGGUCAUGAUCACGAUGCGAGGAACCAACCCCCCGGGACCUGUACGAUGGGCGGACAUCUGCCGCCUUCCUCUACCUCCCCUUUCCCUAUCUUCAACACGGCAGAUUUGGCCAGAUACCACGUCCAGCAUAGAUGACAACCUCGAUACGCUCCUGGGCAUGCUUGAUGGCAUGCCACUUGCAGUCAGAUUAAUGGCCACUGUGGACCCCGCGGCGACGCCUUCCCAGCUCAUCCAAUGGUACGAAGAGGAGAAGACAUCCUUGCUCGGUAUCAAUGGAGACACUCAUUUGACGAGCUUGGAGGUUUCGAUCCGCCUGUCUCUCAACUCCAGGAUCAUGGUCAAACAUCCCGAGGCAGUCAACAUGCUUCCGAUUCUAUGCAUACUCCCCGAUGGAAUGCUACGUUCUAGCAUAACGGAUGCUUUUACCUCCAUGAGCAGCCCGAAGACCAAUUCUCUGAUCCUGGAACGAUCAGGCCUUGCUAUACGUGAGAAGGAUCGUAUCCGGUGCCUGGCCCCUGUUCGGGAGUUCAUACUCCAAAAUCACUCUCCCAUGCCACUGUAUCUCGCAGACAUACGGCUGUUCUUCAUGCAAAUAACGGAUCAAGUGGGCAAACUGGGCCACAAGCGGUCAGCUGAAGCAAUCGAGCAACUCUGUGCGGAGUUUGCGAAUAUUACGUCUAUCCUGAAACAUUUCUGGAUCGAGCGUUCCACCGUGGACAUUGCACUUGAUUCAAGAACGGCUCUUACCGAGGCGACGAUCCAACUGAGCGAGUUUUCUAUCUUCUUCACUUUUGGCGAUUGCAGCGAUCUCCUGAGACGAUCUGCUCAACAAUUGGACGUUGAAGGCGAUCACGCGAAUGCUGCAAAAUGUAUCAAAACGCUUGGGCAUCAUCUCGAGAGUCGAUAUGAGUAUAGCCAUGCCUUAGAGCGAUUUGAAGAAGCCCGAACAAGAUAUCGGAGGAUUGGAGAUCGCCAUGGCGCAGCUCAGUGCACACAGAGUAUCGGCAAUGUCUUACACAGGCAAAAGAAGAACGCAGACGCAUUUUCCAGCCUGCAGGAAGCAAGAACAGAAUUCUCUGCGCUCGGUGACCGAUUGGGUACGGCACAGUCCAGUAAACGCAUCGGCGAGGUCCUAUAUAGCCAAGCAAGGUACCCGGAGGCGACUGUCAGCCUGAGGGAAGCAAGAUCUGAAUUUCAAGCUUCCAGAGAUCCCAUUGGCGCGCCGCAGUCUGCAAAAGUCCUUGGCAGUGCCAAAACCAGUACGGGGAUGCCUGUGCCAGCUUAGAAGAGGCAAGGGCGGAGUUUGCCAAUCUUGGAGACCGUUUUGCUAUAGCUCAGUGUGAUAAGCGCAUCAGCGACGUCCUCUGUAUGCAAGGGAGGUACAUAGAGACAGCUGCCAAGUUGGAGAAGGCAAUCUCGGUGUUCCGUGCUCUCGGAGAACGUCAGGACGCGGCGGAGUGUGCGCAGCGGUUGGCACAUGUCUUCUACAAGUUGGAGAGGUACCACGACGCUAUUUCGCGCUACGACGAAGCACAAACCGAAUUCUGUGAGGUCGGAGAUC